AUGCCUGAAGAUGUCUUAGAGAACAACAUUGAUGGACGAAGGAGAGCUUCUUUGAUGAACGAAGAGAACCCACCAGAGAAACCCACCAGAGAAACCCACGAGAUAACCCUCCAGAGAAACCCGCCAGAGAACCCACAAGAGAAACGCCAGGAACCGCCAGAGAACCGCCAUAGAACCCACCAGAGAACCCACCAGAGAACCGACCAGAGAGCCCACCAGAGAACCCACGAGAGAACCCACACGAGAAACCCACCAGAGAACCCACCAGAGAACCCACCAGAGAACCCGCCAGAGAACCCGCCAGAGAACCCGCCAGAGAACCCACCAGAGAAACGACCAGAGAACCACCAGAGAACCCACCAUAGAGAAACGCACGAGAGAACCCACCAGGAGAAACCACCAGAGAACCACGCAGAGAACCCGCCAUAG